AGCGCCACGACUCGCACCGACACCCGGACCGACACCCGGACCGACACCCGGACCCACACCCGGACCAUGAAGCCCGCCGGAGGAGCAGGAGGCUCCGCGGCGCUGCUGCUGCUGCUGCUCGGCCGCUGCUGCUGCUCCGAGCCCGGGAGGAGAGUGUGCCAGGGGAUGAGCAACCAGCUGAGCCUGCUCGGGUCCCGAGAGCACCACUACGACAACAUGGUGAGGAUGUUCUCCAACUGCUCCGUGGUCCUGGAGAACCUGGAGGUGACCUACAGCCUGGAGCACCAGGACCUGAGCUUCCUCCAGUCCAUCCAGGAAGUCGGCGGCUACGUUCUGAUCGCCAUGAACGAAGCCGCAACCAUCCCAUUGGUCAAUCUGAGGCUGAUCCGCGGACAGAACCUCUACGAGGACCAGUACGCUCUGCUGGUGGUGUCCAACUACAACAGGAACUUCUCGUCCACGACCCUCAACUACACCAGCGGCCUGCGACAGCUGCAGCUCAGCAGCCUGACGGAGAUCCUGAAAGGAGGCGUGAAGAUGGCCCACAACCCCCUGCUGUGCAACGUGGAGAGCGUGCGGUGGGGCGACCUGCUGGACGGGGACAGUCAGCCCAGCAUGCUGCUGAAGCUGGACGCCGUCGCCUCCCACUGUGAGAAGUGCCACUCCAGCUGUGUGAACGGAUCGUGCUGGGCGGCGGGACCGGACCACUGCCAGACAUUUACCAAGCUGCUGUGUGCGGAGCAGUGCAGCAGAAGGUGCCGAGGUCCGAAACCCAUCGACUGCUGCAACGAGCACUGUGCUGCCGGCUGCACCGGACCGCGGGCCACCGACUGCCUGGCCUGCAGGGCCUUCAAUGAUGAUGGAACAUGUAAAGACACGUGUCCUCCUCUUAAACUCUACGACCCCAAAACCCACCAGGUGGUCGACAACCCCAACGCCAAGUUCACCUUCGGGGCGACCUGCGUCAAGGCCUGCCCACAUAACUACGUGGUGACAGACGGCUCAUGUGUUCGGACCUGCGGCGCUGGGAUGUACGAGGUGGAGGAGCAUGGAGUGCAGCGCUGCAGACCCUGUGAUGGAGCCUGUCCUAAAGCUUGUGACGGAGUCGGAGUCGGUUCGCUGAUCAACACCAUCGCGGUAAAUGACUCCAACCUGGAGUCCUUCAGGAGCUGCACAAAAAUCAACGGGAACAUCAUCCUCCUCGAAAUCUCCUUCACUGGGGACCCGCACUAUAACAUCCCGCCCAUGGACCCGCAGAAGCUGGAGUACUUCAGGACGGUGAAAGAAAUCACAGGUUACCUGCUGAUCCAGUCCUGGCCCAAGAACCUGACGUCUCUGUCGGUGUUCGAGAACCUGGAGAUUAUCAGAGGAAGGUCAACAUACUCGCAGUACAGCCUGGUGCUGGUGAAGUUGAAGAACCUCCGCUGGCUCGGCCUGCGCUCUCUGAAGGAGAUCAGCGCCGGGAAGGUGGUUCUGAAGGACAACCUGCAGCUGUGCUACACCGGCAGGGACCAGUGGACCCGAGUCUUCAGGUCCAGCGACCAGAACGUCAGCAUGCGCAACAACAGCCUGCUGGACCUCUGCGAGCAGCAGAACCGAACCUGUGACCAGCAGUGCACGGAGGUGGGCUGCUGGGGGCCCGGACCCUCCAUGUGUGUGUUCUGCCGCCACUUGGACCGCAGGGGGCGCUGUGUGCAGAGCUGCAACCUGCUGCAAGGUGAGCCCAGAGAGGUGGAGGUGAACAGCAGCUGUGUCCAGUGUCACGCUGAGUGUCUGCUGAGAUCUGGGACUCCGACCUGCUUCGGACCGGGUCCGGACCAGUGCUCCCAGUGUGCCCACUUUAAAGAUGGCCCCCACUGCGUCACUCGCUGCCCUCACGGCGUGCAGGGCGGCGAAGACACGCUCAUCUGGAAGUACGCCGACGGGACGGGCCAGUGCCAGCCCUGCCACCAGAACUGCACCCAGGGGUGCUCGGGUCCUGGACUGUCCGGAUGCAGCAGCGCUGCGACCCACUCCACGCUGGCGGUGGGUGUGGUCGGCGGGCUCCUGGUUGCCGUCAUCGUGUCGCUGGUCGUCUUCGUGUUGCUGCGGCGACGACGAAUCAGGAGGAAGAGGACCAUGCGCCGCCUGCUGCAGGAGAGGGAGCUGGUGGAGCCGCUGACGCCGAGCGGCCAGGCGCCGAACCAGGCGCUGCUCAGGAUCCUGAAGGAGACCGAGUUCAAGAAGGUCCGGGUGCUCGGCUCCGGGGCUUUCGGGACCGUUUUCAAGGGUUUGUGGAUCCCUGAAGGGGAGAACGUGAAGAUCCCAGUGGCCAUCAAAGUUCUCAGAGAGGCCACGUCUCCUAAAGCCAAUAAAGAAAUCCUGGAUGUGAGGCGGAGUUUUCCUCGUUUCAUUGCCUCUGCUUGUUGCUUCUUCUCGUCUUCUGUCUCGGUGUUUAUAUUUCGUGUCUCCGUCGUCUCACUUGGUGUCGUUUUGUGUCUCAGUAUUUUGUUUGCGUGUCUCGUCUGGUUGCUUUUUGCGUUUGUUCCCAUCAAGUGGAUGGCGUUGGAGUCGAUCCAGCAGUGGACCUACACCCACCAGAGCGACGUCUGGAGCUACGGUGUGACCGUUUGGGAGCUCAUGACGUUCGGGUCGAAGCCGUACGACGGCAUCCCGGCCAGCGAGAUCGCCUCGGUUCUGGAGAGAGGAGAGCGUCUGCCGCAGCCGCCCGUCUGCACCAUCGACGUCUACAUGAUCAUGGUCAAAUGUUGGAUGAUCGACCCGUCCAGUCGGCCGCGGUUCAGAGAGCUGAUGGUGGAGUUCUCUAAGAUGGCCAGCGACCCGUCCAGAUACCUGGUGGUUCAGGGGGAACCGCCCAGCCCGUCAGACAGCAGGUUCUACUCUCGCCUGCUGAGCACCGGCGACGCCGAGGACGCGGUCGACGCAGACGAAUACCUGCUGCCCUGCAAAGGCCUGGGUAACCAUGACGACCGCCGCUGUGGCGCCACGAACGGUCAUCCAGCCCGACAGAACAGCGUCGCCCUGCGGUACAUCACCGAUCCCACUCACGGCGCGCUGGACAGAGACGACUUCAGCGGCCACGACUACAUGAACCAGACUGUGAGUGAAACCAGCCGGAGCAGCAGGCUGUCGGAGGUUUUAAACCCCAACUACGAGGACCUGAGCCUGGGCCGCGGCGCCGCCUCGCUGCCCUCCCCGCUGGAGGACCUGCAGAACUCUGACCCGGUUCCUUCCGGACCCGAAUACCUGAACGACAGCCUGGACAGCCCCGACUACCGGGCCGACCGCCGGCCGCAGACCGCCGCCACGGCGAUAGGUGGGAGUCUGUUCCUGCCAGCGGCGGAGAACCUGGAGUACCUGGGUCUGGGCGCUGCGCUGCACGCUCCUGUCCGCUAGGGGGCAGCAGCAUCCACACAGCCAGCCUCCAACACUUCAAUGUCACCGUCUAACUGUGGGUUCCUCCAGGAACCAGAACUCUCUGUGCUGGUGCUCAGCGGCUCUCAUCCAGACCUUUCAGAGCCCGUCUGCAGAAGCAUCAGUUCUGUUCAUCGGACACUUUUAACGGAGCCGCCGGCCGCAACAGGCGCUGAAACAUCAUCACUCCUCCACUUUGUUCUUCUGACUCCAACUGCUGAAGCUCAGAACGAGCAGCGCCGCGCCGGUGGGUCGGCGUCCACACACCUGCAUCACAAAUUGUUCGGUCCUAAACCAAAACCAAACCUUUGGUUGGUAGAAAGAACCAGUCUUUCUACAGCUGAUGAGGAACAGUCUGGAGACAUGGAGAUGGUUCAACAUGUGCAGGUCGAGGAGACAUCAGCUCCAGGGUUUAACAUCUGAGGAGACAUGAUGGUUCCUGGUUUUUACAUUUUAUAAAAUAAAUCAUCAAAGACAUGUUUUCUUCUCUCUGGUCUCCAUGGUUCUGAG